AGAAAUGGCUACUAGUCCACUACCAGUGACCAGUGACAUCUUGUUAGCGUCUCCCCCCAGUUCCUACCAGCAAGACUCUCUGGGCCAGUCUAGGUCCAACAGCUCGAGUAUGAAGCCAAACCAAGUCAGCCAGGUUAUACUCUAUGGUAUUCCCAUCGUGUCGCUGGUCAUUGAUGGUCAAGAGAGGUUGUGUCUUGCCCAGAUCUCCAAUACCCUCCUUAAGAACUACAGUUACAACGAGAUCCACAACCGAAGAGUAGCACUGGGUAUCACUUGCGUACAAUGCACUCCGGUCCAGUUGGAGAUAUUAAGGAGGGCAGGAGCUAUGCCAAUAUCUUCAAGAAGGUGUGGGAUGAUAACCAAGAGGGAAGCCGAGAGACUGUGCAAAUCCUUCCUGGGGGAGAACAGGCCCCCUAAACUUCCAGAUAACUUCGCAUUUGAUGUCACCCAUGAGUGCGCGUGGGGCUGCAGAGGAAAUUUCAUCCCAGCCAGGUAUAACAGUUCCCGGGCAAAAUGCAUCAAAUGCACCUACUGCAACAUGUACUUCUCACCAAAUAAAUUCAUCUUCCACUCCCACCGCACCCCAGAGGCGAAAUACACGCAGCCGGAUGCCGCUAACUUCAACUCGUGGAGAAGACACUUAAAGUUGUCCGAUAAGAGUCCUCCGGAAGAGAUGAUAUUUGCCUGGGAAGACGUGAAAGCCAUGUUCAACGGAGGGAGUCGCAAAAGAGCCUUAAGUCACGGACACUGCCAUACCCUUUCUAGUGUUAAGCCAUCCGGCGGGGUCCUGCCGCACAUGAUAGGGCAAGAUCUCAACCAGAAGAGGCCCAGGUUCGAGGAAGAGGAGGAGAUAGAACCUUCCAACAUUACCAACAAAACCCAACGCAGUUACCCUGUCAUUCCAGUCCCCAGCAAAGGGUUUGGCAUGUUGCAAAAGUUCCCCGCGAGCACCCUUUUUCCAAGCCCUUACACCUUCCCGGCAUUUGGCCUGUGUCAGAAAAAAGAUGACAAUGACUCGGUAAACGGCCAGAAGACAAGCGCGUUGUCGGGACUGUUCUGGCCUGGGAGAAAAGAUGCAUUUUACCCGCCUUUUUGUAUGUUCUGGCCACCGAGAACCCCUGGUGGUCUCCCCGUCCCUACGUAUCUCCAACCUCAACCCAGCGCCCUGACAUCCAUCACAGACAACCCAACACUGAGACAGGCCUUCCUCGAGCUGUCUGACCAAAGUGACGGCAGCAACGUCAGCAACACUGGCGACAACCUGUUUGAGACGGAAUGUUCCAGCUCUCCGGUGACCAAUGACAUCAGGCCACCGUCCGAAACCAGAGCCAACAUCUUGGACGCACCAGCGUUCCCCAUCAGAAAACAGAGCUACCAUUCGGCUUUCAGGCCGGUGGUGAAAGAUACAGAGAGCAUUGCUAAGCUCCAUGGGAACAUGGAGGACUUCACUUCAGACAGACACGUUUCUCCAGGAACCAGCUGUAGCUACCAAAGCGACAGCUCGGACGAGGAGCAAGAGGUGGACGUCGAGACGAACAAACAGCAAGACGAUGAAGAAGAAGACAGCCUCAGUAGUCAAUUUCUCCAAAGCAGAGGACUUACAGAAAACACAGAGAAAGCUUCCAAAGACAGAUCUCCCUUCCCCAGGAACGAGACGCACGGGGAGAGAGCCGAGAGCCUGGAAAAUCACCAUUCCACCCCAAAAGACUCGAGCAUCUGUCAUACAUCAUUGGAGGAGAUCUGCUACAAAGAUCCACAGAAAAGCAAAGAAGACAGCAGCCCCAGCUUAUCGAAAGAAGAUUCAUUCCAAGAUAAGAGCAAAGAGAUGCAUUUCUACAUAACGGAGUCGGAACCAUCCGGCGGCGAGUUCUGGCGGCAGAUCGCAGGAGAGGCCAGCCAAGAAAACAGCUCGCUGAAGAAAGAUGUUGGAAAUAUGGGAAAAGAAGAACUUCAGAAAGUUUUGUUUGAGCAAAUAGAUCUGAGGAGGCGACUGGAGCAGGAAUUUCAGGUUUUAAAGGGGACUCCGUCUUUUCCUGUUUUCAAUAAUUUUCAUGAUCAAAUGAAGCGGGAGCUGGCAUACAGGGAAGAAAUGGUUCAGCAGUUACAAAUUAUCCCAUAUGCAGCCAGUUUAAUAAGGAAAGAAAAACUUGGAACACAUCUCAGCAAGAGUUAAAAGAGCUGAGUCGACCUGGUGAAUAUUUUGUAAGAUGGAAAAAUAAAAAGACUUCAAUUUGUAUAAAGACAAAAGUCAGCAAAUAUGGUGG